CGCCGCCCAGCGGGAUCCGGGCUAAGUCUGGCCGCGCUCCUUUCUGUCGAGGGGUAGCAGGCAGGCGAGUCCCCGCGUGCAGAGGGUGCUGAGGCAGGGGCUGCCAGGCAAAGUGCGCGGGCUGCCGUCCUGGCCACCGACCGCCAAAGCCAUGGCUUCCAAACUCCUGCGCGCGGUCAUCCUUGGGCCGCCCGGCUCUGGCAAGGGCACGGUUUGCGAAAGGAUCGCCCAGAACUUUGGCCUCCAGCAUCUCUCCAGCGGCCACUUGUUGCGGGAGAACCUCAAGACCAGCACGGAAGUUGGUGACGUCGCAAAACAGUACCUGGAAAAAGGUCUUUUGGUUCCAGAUCAUGUGAUCACACGCCUAAUGAUGUCAGAACUGGAGACCCGGAGCACCCAGCACUGGCUGUUAGAUGGAUUCCCGAGGACAUUAGUGCAGGCAGAAGCCCUGGACAGAAUCUGUGAUGUGGACCUAGUAAUCAGUUUGAAUAUUCCCUUUGAGACACUUAAAGAUCGUCUGAGCCGACGGUGGAUUCACCCUUCUAGCGGGAGGGUCUAUAACCUGGACUUCAACCCACCUCAAGUGCAGGGGAUUGAUGACAUCACUGGUGAGCCACUUGUCCAACAGGAAGAUGAUAAACCUGAAGCAGUUGCUGCCAAGCUAAGACGGUACAAGGAUGCGGCAAAACCAGUCAUCGAACUGUACAAGAGCCGUGGAGUGCUCCACCAGUUUUCUGGGACGGAGACUAACAGAAUCUGGCCUUAUGUUUACACACUUUUCUCCAACAAGAUCACACCCAUUCAAUCCAAAGAAGCAUACUGAGCCUGCCAUAGGAAGAGCCAAGAAGACAUGGUCGCCCACUCAAUCAUGCGCGUAGUCUUGGUGCCCUGGCCAACUUAGAAGCCAGCUGAGGUAGCUUGCAGCAUCUUUUCUAGUUUAAGUGAUGAAGCAAUGAGGAAAAUCUAGUAGGUAGAAAGAGUUCAGGAAGAAAGAAACCUUCCUCUCCCUUUGAAAAGAGGCUCUGCAGGUGCAUCACGCCCUUCCCAGGAAGGAGUAUAGACUGGAUUUCCACCAGUGUUGAGCCUGCACUCUGGAUGGGUUAACAGCCAUGUGCAAACUAUCAGAGCCUUUUUGCAUGCAGUGGUGGGCUCUCUGGUUUAUCCCACCUUCCAUAGGCUACUAAACCACCACUGUAUGCCUGAGAACUUGAAGGGCUGUGGUCC